UGAAGUGUUGCAAGUUACAGAUUAUGUUUUUUUUGUAUAAGGCCAUUUAAGUUAAUCUUUCAUACUUAAAAAUUAAAAUAUAUAAUCCCUCUCUCAUGCAAUUAAGUUCCCAGUUUGAAUACCACACAUAUUUAGGCUACACUUUUUGCCAUUGACUUUCCAACUUUGCUCAUACUAUUUUAUUCUUUAAAACUGUCUUUUAUAGAAAUAAGAACUUAAUUUUUGUACACCUGUAAAAAGAAAGUGAGAAUUAUGAGGAUGGAGUAUCAAGAUAUAGACUAACCCAUCCACAUGUCUCCAUUCAAAAACACUCAGAAGAUAUUUUUUGGCAGGUGUAGCAGAUGCAAGCUCAAGAAUGUCAAGGUUCUUAAUGAUGGCAUUGAUUGGAAUUCAAGAGACAACUUGUACUGGAAGCACGAUGUGCAACGAUUUGAGGCUGUGAAGAUCAUACUGCAUGGAAAUGCAGAGUUUGAAGCAGUGGAUGUUAUUCUACAGGGCAACCAUGUAUUUGAUGUCCCAGAUGGCUACAAAAUGAAGAUCACAUCUGGAAAUUCAGGUUUAGAAGUUGAACUUAAUGCCAUUGCAAAGACAUCAAUGGAUUGUGGAACCUGGUUUUGGAGUUAUAAGAGAAUGGGCACACACAUUCAAUUGGAACUAGUGGAGUUGUAGGGCACAUAUAACCAACCGGCUACGUACAUUCGUGAAUCGUGGUUCAUGAAUGGGACCGGACGACUUGCUGGAUGAUUGUAU